UUUUUAUAUCAAUAUAAUAUAUAAUUUUGAUGUCAAGCAGGACAAGAAUAAAAGAAACCAUGCUUUCUCUUUAAUCUGAAACCGUUUGAUGUUGAUCAACUCUCAGAAAAUUUAGACGGUGACAACUCUCUUUCUCUCUUCUCUUUUCUCUCUGCAACCAAUGAAGAAAAGCACAAAAAAAGAGAAACACUAGGACUAAACAAAGAGCACCCAAAGUUUCUUUGGUAUGGAAUUAGAUAGCAUUGAUUGUGUGACAUCUUCAGAUGUGAUUGAUGAUGAUGAUGAGAUCCAUCAUUAUAAUCAUCAGUUGCCUUCAUUGUCGAAGCCCCAUAGCAACAAUGGGAACAGCAACACUACCGUGUUGUCAGCGGUUCAUCCAAGCACCACCAGUGUCCAUGAACUCCUUGAAUGUCCUGUUUGUACCAAUUCUAUGUACCCUCCUAUCCAUCAGUGCCACAAUGGGCAUACCCUUUGUUCAAUCUGUAAAACAAGAGUACACAAUCGGUGCCCUACUUGUAGACAGGAGCUUGGUGAUAUUAGGUGUCUAGCACUAGAGAAGGUAGCUGAAUCACUUGAACUGCCUUGCAAAUAUACGUCUCUCGGAUGCCCAGAAAUCUUUCCCUACUACAGUAAACUCAAACAUGAGGCCCUUUGUAACUUCAGGCCAUACAAUUGCCCAUAUGCUGGAUCAGAAUGUGCUGUUGUUGGUGAUAUUCCAUUUCUUGUUGCUCAUCUAAGGGAUGACCACAAGGUGGACAUGCAUUCUGGAUGCACAUUUAACCAUCGUUAUGUGAAGUCUAAUCCUCGGGAAGUAGAAAAUGCCACAUGGAUGCUAACUGUAUUCCACUGUUUUGGCCAGUACUUCUGUCUCCAUUUUGAAGCCUUCCAGCUGGGGAUGGCCCCCGUGUAUAUGGCAUUCCUUCGUUUCAUGGGUGAUGAGAUUGAUGCCCGGAACUACAGUUAUAGUCUAGAAGUUGGGGGGAAUGGCAGGAAACUGAUUUGGGAAGGCACUCCAAGAAGCAUAAGAGAUAGCCACCGGAAGGUUAGGGAUAGCCAUGAUGGUCUUAUCAUACUGCGUAACAUGGCGCUUUUCUUCUCCGGAGGGGAUAGGAAAGAGUUGAAGCUGCGAGUAACUGGACGGAUAUGGAAAGAACAGCAAAACCCAGAAGGCGGUGCCUGCAUACCCAACCUUUGUAGUUAAAAUGUCCAGUUGGAUCCCUGGCGCCACACCCCAUAAUAAUGUUUGCUGCACAUUCUUGUAAUAUUUAAUGGUAGCCUGCAGGUAAUGUUGAGGGUUCUUGAGCUCAGUAUGGAUAUUGGAGGUUUAAGCCUUUCUAAAUCAACAAUAAGCUUCCUAGCCUUUUUAUAGCCAAAAAAUGAAGUUAUAUGUGGUCUGCAAACUAUGUUGUAAUUGUUGAGAAAUGCAAUCUAAAUCAAGUUAUCCAUCAAUUUCUCUUGCAAAGCCAAUCCUCCC